AUGAAUGAGGAAGACCGGAAGUACGUGGAUGGGUGUGCGAUCUUUUGGAAGUCGGAAAAGUUUGAGAUUGAAAGGGAACACCUCAUAGAGUUCACGCAAGUUGUUGUGAAAAAAGCUGCCUCAUCGGAACACAUGCUUAACCGGGUAAUGCCUCGAGAUAACAUCGCGCUGUGUGCUGUUCUCCGGAUCAAGGAGAACGUCUACAAUAACAGGCGCAUGACAAUGGCUGCAGCAGAUAAUGUGGUUGGCUCACCUCUAGUGGUUUGCACUGCUCAUAUUCACUGGGAUCCUGAACUUUGUGACGUCAAGCUGGUUCAAACAAUGAUGCUGGCGCAUGAGCUGUAUAAACUGCUUGAGGAGGUAGCUGAGCAGUUUCGAAUAACACCUCAGCAGACACCUGUGCUCAUAUGUGGUGAUUUUAAUUCGCUCCCCGAUUCAGGAGUGUUCGAGUUUCUCUCACGAGGACAACUAUCGCGGUCUCACGCGGAGCUGAAAGGGUUUCGCGAUGAUAGUUGUCUGGAUCGUUUUUCUUCUGGCGUCCGUGAUCCCAACUGCUACACUCAUUCACUUCGACUCGAUUCCGCGGUCGAAUUAAGCAAUAUACCGUUCACGAAUUACACGCUGGAUUUCAAGGGAAUGAUUGACUAUAUCUUUUCGACUCCUCAGUCUUUGGCUCGACUUGGUUUCCUCGGCGCUUUCGAUUCGAAUUGGGUGGCACAAAAUAAGAUCAUAGGGUUUCCUCAUCCUCAUGUGCCAUCCGAUCACAUACCGAUUAUGGCGCAGUAUGCAGUGAUACCAACGAGUCAUCAACGUGCACCUCCGCCUCCGCAUCCUCUGAACAACUACCCUCGAUAG